AUGCGCAUCCAGAUAUCUUGGCCGGUGGCCUUGAUCGUGUCAGCACAGCUCCUCGUCCCGACCCACACGCUUUCCCUUUUGGAUUCGGGAGAGUCACUGGAGACAGACAAGGCCGAAUCAAAGGUCAACUCCGCUCGUCAAGACCGUGAAGGCCAUGUCGCUGCCGUCAACCAGCAAAAGACCUACAAAGGCACCCUGGUAGUGCCAGAUGAAACGCAUGUAGGCAUCACUCACGCCUGCAGAAGAUCCACCGACUUCUUCCAACACCUCUGUAACCGCCCGCUCGGGGCCUCCGCAGGAGAUGGGAGUCAGGAUUACUCGAAUGUCCUGGCGCCAACCGUGACCGCCGACCUUCUUGUUUGCGACGUUCCCAAGAUCGAGCCGCUGCUCCGUCCUGACUCAGAUGCUCAAACGUCUCAGAAAGCACCGAGUGCCACCUACGCCGUCUCAGGUACGGUUGUCAUUCAUGCAGCGGACUCUGAUGUCAGCGUUCACUCCCUUGGACUGCCGGAAAUCGGUGACACCACCGCCGCAUCGACCAACGACAAGGCUCCUGCACAUGAAGGUACAAAGGAGACCACUUAUCCCGGGCCGAACGAUGAAGGCUUCUGGAGACAGAGAGAUGGCAGACACGAAUGGCAUCCCGCCUCUGGUCUCAUCACUUCGCUUCAGGGCCCGGAUCGUGAAAAGAAGAAUGGCGACAAGCGAGAACCUAUGCAGGCUGACGUUAAGUCGGGCCGUUUCCCGGAGCCACCUCACAACAGCGAAUACGACGCCUGGUCGGCCGAACAAGAGCAAGGAGCCUUCCUGAGUUUCAACGAAUGGAAGGAGCUUCAUGCUCAGAAUCCCUCCGCCAGUGUAAGAGAUCUUCACUCGAGUACUGCGCGCAAGGCUUCGCAAGACACUUCCACACAAGUGCAAUCACCCUCUCCGAACGCGACACCACGGAGGACUGGUAGUGACGGUGAUCACGUACAUGGCGAAUGGGAUAAAAAGCAAUUGCAUACCUCCUCCACCCAGCUCUCGACCCCGAGCGAGAUCAGCACAGCUCCAGGAGGGCCUUCAACUACAACAACAGCGCCAGAAGACUCUCCGUCACCCAAUACAGAUGUUUCCAGCGGGCAGUCAUCCUCAGCAGAUAGUUCAGAUGCGCCAGUGGCAAAGCAGGCUAAUGCGGAGCAAGUUGGUUUCAGCGUUGCCAGUGGCGACACAAGUGCACAGCUGUCCAAACUCAAGCACCGCUGGAACUUUGCCUCGUUGGAUUGCGCUGCAGUCGUACACCGAACUAAUCCAGAAGCCAAAUUUGCCAGCUCCAUUCUGAGCGAGAAGAAGGACCGAUACAUGCUCUCUCCCUGUCCGCAGCCUAGCAGUAAGGUCAAGGGCGCCAGUCAGUUCGUUAUCGUCGAGCUCUGCGAGGAGAUCAAGAUCGACACGAUUGUGCUCGCCAAUUACGAGUUCUUCAGCAACAUGUUCAAGAAGUUCACAGUCACCGCGGCUCGUCAGCUCACCGGUCGCGAGAGUGAUUGGGCUCAGUUAGGAGUCUUUCGCGCUCGAAACGUUCGAGGUCAGCAAGUGUUCCGUAUACCCUCUGCGCCAAGGUCCGAAGCCUUCUUCCGAUACGUGCGCAUUGACUUUCUCGAGCAUUUUGGUAGCGAAUUCUACUGUCCUGUCAGCUUGCUCCGAGUCUACGGCAUUACCGAGAUGGAGGAAUACAAGAGAGAGUUCGAAGCGCAUGACGCAGACCCCGAUUCUAUACCAGAGGUGAUCGGAGCGAUCCAGAACACUGUUGACGACGCUCAAGUGCCAGCGCUCGAUCCGCUACCUGCCGUCCCGCAACCAGAGUCAUUACUGCGUGAACCCUACGUCAAUCUAGAUGCGGCCAAUUUGACAGCGAGAGACGAAGACAUUUGGCGUAAACACGAACAAGCCUUUCAAAGGAAGCUGCAGAACCAAAGCGUCGUGCAUGAUGUUGCUGAGACCGAGCUAACAGAGGUUGCAACGCCUCAGCUCGACCUUGUUUCUCCGCCCGCCACACCUCAGCCCGGAAAAGCACCCCUGGGGCUGAGUCAGUUGGCGCCUGCUUCAAGUCAUGGCAACACAGUGGACGAUGUCGAGACUGCCCAAUGCGCCAUCGAGGAUGAUCCGUCUUUACACAGGUACAGUAGGGAUCGAUGCAUUGUUCCCCGACGUCAACUUCGGCCAUUCCACCAUCUAGAAACCGCUGCCCUGCAUUACAAGCAACUCAAACGACAAAAAUUGGCUUCCGAUCCAUCCCCACACGUCAAGACGAAUGGGAGCUUAAAAGAUGCGCCAACUGGCGUGCGUCAACCCGUUGCAUCUGCUGAGGCAGAUGUGGACGUCAACAGAGGCCGAAGGCCUUCGGUCCAACGCGCACCUGGCACGCCUCAAGCCCAUGGCAAUCCCGGCACUGAAUCCGUCUAUCGCGCCAUUCACAGACGUUUGAAUGCACUCGAGUCUAACGCCACCUUGAGUCACAGCUAUAUAGAACAUAGCGGACAGAUGCUGCGCGAGGUCUUUGCACGUAUGGAGAGGCGUCAGGAACUACGCAUGUCUGAUAUGCUCCGCGCUUUGAACACGAGCAAUUGGCAGCAGAUUGAAUCUCUCAAGAGAAGGCAGCAUGUCGACCUUCAACGUGCCAUUUUCGAAUUUGAUGUCCAUCGACAACAAGCCGAUACCGAACGACGAGCGCUUCUCCGCGAAGUGCACAUCCUGGCAGAAGAGGUUCUCCUUGAAAAACGGCUGUCCAUAGCACAGCUAGUACUGCUGCUUGUCGUGUUUGUCUUCGUGGGGAUGACCAGAGGUUCCAGAACCGUACCUUUGCUGCAUUCGGGUUUUGCCAGGAUCCGGCGUAGCUCGAAGCGGCGAGAGGCCAUGCCAGACGGCAAGUUGGUUCUACCCACUUCUCCGAGGCGAGAUUCUGCCCGCAUGGAGCAAAGCUUUGACGCCCGACAGGCUCAUUCUUCUCCCUUGCGGACUGAGACGCCAAGCCAAGGACGGAGUGAAGCUAAGCCUGGGUCUGCCACAAGCCCCGAUCUCGCCACUCAGAACAUGCGUCUCAGCGCCGAAGCGGUGACUCCCGCACGCAAGAAUCAGAGCUCGUCACUCACUCCCAACGUCGUAAACAAGGUGGUCAGUCCAAAAGCAGCUACGAGCCUACAUUCGAAGGCCGCAGCGAAGGUGGCCGUUGGCAGUCUUUCGGGUCGAUCGCGAUUGCGCGGAGAAACUCUCGUUGGCAUUCUCUCUCAUCCUCGUACUAGAGGGCGUCUGGUCAUACUACUAGAAACCUUAGACGCAUUGGACCGGAUAGCGGAUCGUCGAGGUCUGCAGAAAGAUCCCGUUGCUAGACCUGUGGUCGGACGUCGCAAGGCUGGGGAGAUCGGAAUGAAAGGAGCACCCGCCCUGCAUCCAGAGUUGGGCCUGCUUGCCUCGGCUGCGCCGGGAGAGGUGCGUCGCAUCUCACGCGCUCACAGGCCCUCGCCAGCCGCCAAACAGGAGCACGUUCAUACAGGCAUCCGACGCUUGGUGACACCCGCGCAAAACAGAACAGCAGCACUGUCUGGCUUCGACGACUUUGCGGGAAUGUCAUCUGACUGGACAGAGAGGUCAGAGAAUGGCGAGGUAUCGGAGAACGCAGCGUCCAUGUCGGAUGACAAUGAAAGAGACAUCAAGACAUCAGGCGCUGGUCUCUUCAGCUUCGAGUCAACAUUCGGGUCGAGGUCAGAGGCACCGCUCGGUCAAGACGGUGUAACUAAAAUCCGGCCUCUUUCACCGACAAAGGCUCACUCAGUUACUAGAGCAGAGGCGACCCUACCAGCAAAGACGUCUCGAACAGCGCAGUCUGAAGAGGGCCCUUUGAAGACACGGCAGCUUAAAAGCCAUGAUGCAACUACGAUGUCGUCUUUGCCAAGCAUCACAAAAGCAGAUGGUCGAUUAUCGAGUUCAGACUCGGAAUCGGAAGGCGGAGCUUGGCAUAAGGUUUUGCCUCGACGCAUCGGUAAUGGCUCAAGUCUCCGCAGAGCCAGGCAGAACACGAUUGAUGGCAAAGCAAACAAGUCGGAUGUGCUGCCCAAAACUGGCGUGAAGGCAGAAGCACCAGAUCGAAGAGAUAGUCCGCGUCCGUCGUUGGCAAACGCCGUUGCUUCCAAGUCACAGAGAGCAGGAUUGACAAGGCUGUUCCGUAGCGGAACGUCAGACUUUGCCUCUCUGGAAUCGCCACAAAGCCGCCGUAGCGGUACGCCGGACACGAUUCGCGAUGUCAGGCCAAUGUGA